GUAAUCAAGGUGCCGUUCGUGCAGCUGGAUUUAAACCCGGAGCUCGAGGACGACUACGCCUUGGACGAGGAGCAAAGCUCCGAGGAAGAGUGAGGAACCAAGUAAGUUGGCAUUCUUUCUAAGUUCUUUGAGACUUCCUUUGUACCCUCAGGCUAACCACGAUCAAAAUCAAGAAGUCUCAUGUCCUACCAGGAAGGAGAACUCGAUAUUGCAAGUUAAAAUCGAAACUUUGGGGGGAACAAAUACUCAAUUCAAAUCCGGGGAAGCACGGACUUCACGAACGCGAAGAAAAAGCUCUUGGUUCUGCCAGAAGAGAAGAUCUACCGGAAGGGGAACUGCUGCAUCAGCGGUCUCAGUCGUUCUAAAACAUCUGACAUGAUUCAAGCACAUCGUCGCGAUCAUGCCGAGCUCCCGCGGCACCUUGACGUGAUCCGGCAGUAGCCUCAGCCGGGAUCCACGAUGGGGAGGACAUGGUUCGCCCUCCCAGCGCGACCAACCAGCAGAAGACGUCCAUGGCGGCGAUGGUGGCGGCGCGAUCGUCCAGGGGGAAACCCUGGGCGUCCUCCACCGUGGCGACCCGGUGGCGCCGCCGCUGUGCCUGGCGCUGCGCAUCCACCUCGCCUUCGCCGCCGCCAAGUGCGUCAAGACGCUCCACUACGGCCACGAGAUCGUCCCCCGGGAUCUCCGCUCCACAAACUUGUGUAUCGAGCGCGACUGGAUCGUCCCCACUUCCCCGGUCGAACGGGUCUCUGGCAGUACGUCGUCUCUUUUUUAUCACGGCUGGUGGAAGUCUUCAGCUUGGAUUUGCCACACAGUUUCAAAGCUUCCACCCGAGAUCGUCCAGUUCCACAGAGCCACCGGAUUUAGAUCUUGUAGUGCCUUAUGUGGAGUCAGCUCUUCCGCUCGCAUAUGGAGUUUUUUAC